GUGGCCAUAUUAGUUUUCUAUUAUGGUAUCCUGGACUGACCGAAGAUAAUGAAGAGUAGAUUGCUUCCAACACGUGUACUGCUACAACCAGGAGCUGCAACGCGCGCAGCGGCUGCUGCAGGAUAUUCACGCCGUGGCAACUGUUCUCCGAUGUGUGUACGGUGCUAGGUAAAAGCAAUGAACAUGGGUCAGAAGGUUUCGGGUGGCAUCAAAACUAUUUCCAACUCUCGCGAGCCCACGUACAAGGCGAUAAACCGCGAGCCAGCAUACAACCCGGACUUCCAGAAGCCGAGUCGCCUCGACGCGCUCCUCGACAUGCCGCCGGUGUCGCGGGAGCUGCAGCUGUCUCACGCGUGGAACGCCGAUGACCGCUCGCUCAACGUCUUCGUCAAGGAGGACGACAUGAUGACGUUCCACCGCCACCCCGUCGCGCAGAGCACCGACUGCAUCAGGGGCCGGGUGGGCUACACCCGCGGGCUCCAUGUGUGGGAGGUGAUGUGGAGCACCCAGCAGCGCGGAACACACGCAGUGGUCGGCGUGGCAACAGCCGACGCCCCGCUACACUGCGUCGGCUACCAGUCGUUGGUGGGCAGUAACAAGGAGUCGUGGGGGUGGGAUCUAGGACGGAACAAGUUGUACCACGACAUGAAGAACAAUCCGGGACUGACGUAUCCGACGCUGCUGAAUUCAGACGAGAAUUUUGUGGUUCCCGACAGUUUCCUCGUUGUCAUGGAUAUGGACGAGGGGACGCUGAGUUUCGUGGUGGGUGGACAGUAUCUGGGGGUGGCGUUCCGAGGACUCAAAGGGAAAAAACUUUACCCAAUUGUCAGUGCAGUUUGGGGUCAUUGUGAAAUCACCAUGCGCUACAUAGGUGGCCUUGAUCCCGAACCCCUACCUCUAAUGGACAUCUGUCGCAGAUCGGUGAGGCAACAGCUGGGAAAGAACAAACUGCACGAGAUUCAUCGCCUUCCCCUUCCUAACUCUCUCAAAUGUUAUCUAUUGUACCAGUCCUAGCCAACACGGUCGUUUUUAUCUGUAAAACCAACAGAACUUUCACACACAGGCGGGGCAGUGGUUCCCUUUCACACGCUAACAUCACCGGCAGGGUGCAACCUCAACAAGUAAGAAAAUGUCCACGGCAAAAAAAAAUAAAACAACAUGCCUUUGUAGAAAAACAACAAAUGGAAUGUGAUCCACAGGAAAGUAAGUACUGCAGAGAAGUAAACUCUGAUGCGGAAAGUGUUCCAAGACAUUGCUGGUUGCCGUGGACAGUUUCCGAGGCAUUGCUGUCUGCUGUGCACAGUUUCCAAGGCACUGCUGACUGCCGUGCACAGUUUCAGGGGUUGAGGGUGUUAGUUGUCUUUGUAAGUAGAAUGCUGUUUGAGAAUAAAAGGUCUGUAUAUCGAAAGCAGUGAGAUGUGUAAUUGCUAUUGCAAGGUGUACAUUAUCUUUUAAAGUAUGAGGCUCUCUGAGGAAAAAAAGGCUGGUAUAUAUCUGUAUCAAUUGCAGUGAGGUGUAUAAUUGCAUUUGUAAAGUGUAUAUUAUUUUCUAAAGUAGGAGACACUUUGAGAAAAAACAUGGCCGGUGUAUAGAUCUCUAUUGAACACAGUAAGAUGUAUAAUUGCUCUUGCAGGGUGUAAAUUAUUUUUUAAAGUUGGACGCUUUUUGAGAAAAAACAAAGUCAGUGUAUAGAUAUCUGAACACAGUAAGAUUCUUCUUGCAGGGUGUAAAUUACUUUUUAAAGUUGGACGCUCUUUGAGGAAAAACAAAGUCCGUGUAUAGAUAUCUGAACACAGUAAGAUUGUUCUUGCAAGGUGUAAAUUACUUUUUAAAGUUGGACGCUCUUUGAGAAAAAACAAAGUCAGUGUAUCGAUAUCUGAACACGGUAAGAUUGUUCUUGCAGGGUGUAAAUUACUUUUUAAAGUUGAACACUCUUUGAGAAAAAACAAAGUCAGUGUAUAGAUAUCUGAACCCAGUAAGAUUGUUCUUGCAAGGUGUAAAUUACUUUUUAAAGUUGGACGCUCUUUGAGAAAAAACAAAGUAAAUGUAUCGAUAUCUAAACACAGUAAGAUUGUUCUUGCAAGGUGUAAAUUGCCUUUUAAAGUAGGUGACACUUUGAGAAAAAACAAAGUGUAUCGAUAUCUGAACACAGUAAGAUUGUUCUUGCAAGGUGUAAAUUGCCUUUUAAAGUAGGUGACACUUUGAGAAAAAACAAAGUCAGUGUAUCGAUAUCUGAACACAGUAAGAUUGUUCUUGCAAGGUGUAAAUUAUCUUUUAAAGUAGGAGACACUGAGAAAAAAAACUAAGUUGGUAUAUAGAUCUCUACUGAACACAGUAAGAUGUAUAAUUGCUCUUGCAGGGUGUAAAUUAUCUUUUAAAGUAAGAGGCUCUUUGAGAAAAGUAGGGGUUAAUAAAUCUACUGAGUGCAGUGUGAUGUAUAUAUAUAUAUAUAGUAUACUGGCUGAGAACAAAUUCUGGUCUAUGUACUUGUAAGCACAUUCAGGUGUAUAUUUCCUCAUGCAGAGAGUACAUUAUCUUUGAACGUAUGAUCCUGUUUGAAAUAAAAAGGCUGGUCUAUCCACUGCGUGCAGUGAGGUUUAUUAUCGGGAAGCAUAAAAAGUAGGCAGAUAUAUUCAGUAAGCACUGUAAGGUGUAUCGUAGUAAGCGUGGAAAGUAAGUAAUAAUGGGGGCAGCACUAGACAUUGAAAUCGCAGCCUCUCGGCUCUUAAUUAAUAGAGGGUAGAUACUCUGCAUAUGUAAGGUGUUCAUCAUCUCUGAAAGUAGGCUGUUUGAGAAAAUAGGUCGAUGGUACAAUGUAUGUCUUGAGGGGUAUACUUGUGAGCAUGAAAAGAAGGUGAUGGCUGUAAAACCAUCAACAAUCGCAACCUAUUGCCUACUACAUGUAUUAUGAAUACACUGCACUUGACAUUACUACAUUUCUUUAUUUAAUUUUCACAUUCAAGGCGGCACAGCGCUUGAUACAGCAUUUCUAAGAUUGUUUAUUUCAUUCUCUUGAAAGAAAGAUUUUUAAAAUGUGUUAGGGAAUUUAUCAAAUUCUAUAUAUAUGUGUGGAAUAAGAAGACAAUUUUGUAAUUCCGUAUUUACUAGAAUUUCGUCUUAUUUUCCCCCCUCUCGUUUAGUUUUCUUACUGUGACAUCUUUGUGUGUGGUCAGUUAAUUUCUUACUACUUUAAAUGUGAUGUACAUGGUUGUGAAGUUAAUCAACAUAUAUUCAUGGCCAACUAAUUUAUCUAUUACCAUGGCAACGAACAAUACAAUAAGCUGCUUUCAAGGCUUUGCUUGUUUCGACAUUUUACAAAUGUAUUAUCAUGAUUGACAAGGGUAUUCAAAUAUCCUAUAAAACUUAGAAUCUCGGUUCCAAUUGGAUAAACAGUAGUUUGUCAAAUUCGUUUUGAAAGGUGUAGCCAUCUUCAUUUAUUUCUUAAAAAAAAAAAAAAACUACACAUUUCCAGAAUUGCUCAGUUGUGAUGCUAAUUUUUUAAAUGUCUUUUUGGCAAAUUUAUUAGGUUUUAGGUAUUUACCGCUACAAAUUUGGUCACAUAUAUUAGAUUUAAAAAAAAAAAGCAUUGACUAUCGGAAAGUAUUUAGCAAAUUCAGCUACAAAUGUGUUGAAACAUAUUACAUUAUGAAAGCAACAGUACUUGUAGCUUAUUUAAUCUUGGCAAAAGCUGUUUGUAAAAUUAUCAAAAAGUAUGUUGUGCAUUUUUAGUGAUAUUUGCCUCUUGUCAGUUUUGAGCAUUUUCAGAUCAUUUGAACAUUUUAGGGCAUUUAAUGUCUGCCUCAUGUCAGUUCUGAGCUUUGUUUAGGUGAUUUGAACAGUCUUCGUCUGUUAUAAAGAUAACCCUUACAAAGUGUGCAGUGAUACGGCCAAUUGGUUACUGAGGAAUCAUUGUAUUCAGUAAUACAUCACAUAUCAGGAUUCAUAAGUCAGACAAUCGGCCUUAUUAUGGAACCUUCUGCCCUGCCCAAGACAAUUUGUGCAUUGUGCAUUUUAACCGAGACAUUGAUGAUGAUGAUAGUUCCAUGUCUGUCUGUGUGUGUGUGUGUGUGUGGGUGUGUAUUAUGCUGGAUUUGUUUAGUCAUGUUUGUUUGCAAACUAGUCACAAAUAAAACACGUACCAACUAUUUUCAGCAUCUCUCACUGUCCAGGCCAAUAGUUAUCUCCCUUGAGUUAAAUGUCGUCAUAGUUAUUUCCCUUGAGUUAAAUCUAAUAGUUAUCUCCUUUAAGUUAAAUUUUAUCAACUAUUUUCAGCAUCUCUCACUGUCUAUGCCAAUAGUUAUAUCCCUUUAGUUAAAUCCCAUUAUAGUUAUCUCCCAUGAGUUAGAUCCAAUUAUAGUUGUCGCUCUUUAGUUAAAUUUGAUCACAUUGGUUUCAAAAUAUGCCUUUGGAUAUUCAGGCCUCAUCUUGAAAAAUAUUGAGGGGAGUGAUUAAUUGCUCCCCAAAAUUAGAUCAUGCAGGAGGACUGAACUAGUCUUGGGGAAGUGAUAAUGGGGGGGGGGGGGGGGGGGGGGGGGAGAGUGAUAGCUCCCCAUAAAUGACAAUGUCUGUAUAUUUCUUAAUAAAGAAUAUGACAUUGAAAUCAAUAUCAUGUCAAUGUUUAUUAGCUUCAGUAAGUUAUGAAAACCUCUUCUUUUUACCUUUUAAUUAAAAUCUAGGUUAUCGCCCCAUGAUUGCAAUUGAUAUUAUUUGUUUUGGUACACCUGCCUCAGUGGUGUCAUGGUUAGGCUAUCGGACAUACAGCUGGUAGGGACUGCCCGGUACUGGCUCCCACCCAGAGCAAGUUUUAACAACUCAAUGGGUAGGUAUAAGACCACUACAACCUCUUCUCUCUCACUAACAGCUGACCCAACUGUCCUGGACAGACAGCCCAGAUAGCUGAGGUGUAUGUCCAGGACAGCGUGCUUGAGCCUUAAUUGAAUAUAAACACGAAAAUAAAAUUGAAAUGAAAUGUUAAGGUACGCUUAGACUGCUGAAGGGUCAUUAAUUAAACCCACAUUUGAAGAGUUUAGGCACAAAACGCGAUAUAUCCAUUUUUUUCAUUUUUAGUAAAAGUUUUUUUUUUUUAAUUGGCAUAUAUCGCGUUUUGAUAAUUUAAAAAAACUGGAUUUACCGAAUAAAAUUUCAUACGGAUCAAUCGCACUUUGAGGCAAAUCAGCGGGCCUACGAUUAGCCCUUAAUGACAUACAAUAAUGGCUUUAACAAAAACAAAAUGGUUUAUAUCGCGUUUUCCUUUCUGGAUAAUUGUAGGAAAUAUAAUACCUAGACUAAUUAGUGCGUCCAUUAGCAUUAAUUAUAAGAUUUACAUAUCUAUAUUUCUAAAAUAUGAAAUGCAUGUCAGCAUAUUGAACUAAAAUCAAUUAUUUGCUCAAAUAAUAAUUGUGACAGUUCAUGCAUGGUCUGAUUAUUAACAUGAAUAUAUAGUUAAAAGUGACAUUUUCUAAAAUUGAUUAUUUGCCUGAUUAUUAACUUUGUGAACAUGUAGUUAAAAGUGAUAUUUUUUUAUGGAUUAUCUGCCCAAUUGUUGCUACUAAUGUAUUCUUAUCUCUGGCCUGGAUAUUGAAAACUGUUAGACAGUGGAAGCUGCACCGGAACCAAUUUGGUGAAAACAUUUCUUAGAACUAUACAAAUCCAUUUCAAAUUUGAGGGAUUUUUUUUUUUUUUUUUUUUUUUUUUUUUUUUUUUUUUUUUUUUUAUUAUAAAGAUUAUGAAACUGAAGAUGUGAUUGGUAUUCUUUUGGCAAAUUCAUUAUGAAAUAAUUUUUGUAAAAUUAAGUUGAAUUUGUAUUAAAUUGGUGAUUGAUGGCUUACACCUUGUUGAAUUGUCUUUUCUGGUACCGCGGGUACAGGCGAUGACAAGAUGAUAUAAUUGGCUUUAUUUUUAAGCUGAUCUAUGGAAAUGUGCAAUAACAAACUAAUUAGAUCUUGUUUGGUUAUUUAUACUUGUGUUUUUGUCUUUUCUUUCUUUUCUUUUUUAAAAUUCUUUAAAAUGUAAAUUCAUGUUUAUUUAUGUUAGAAUUGUAUAUAUUAAAAAUGUACAUGUACUUGAAAAUAAUUUAUUGACGUCUAUGAAUCAUGAUUUCGGUUUUUUAACUUGAUUUAAAAAGGACAAAUUUAUUAUGAUUAUUGUUAAGGUUCUGUUUUAUUUAUGUCUUGAUAAUCUGACUCAGUAUUUUGAUAUAUAUGUGGAUUAUGUUUGGAAAACAAGAGAAGACGUGAAUGGUUUUUUAAUAUUAUGAAUCAUGAAUUCAAGGGAAUUGUUUGGGGAUUUUUUUUAGUUCCUCAUGGUUGUAUUGUCAUGCAUGUAUUUAAACCAAUGAUUUACAGGUAUAUGUACAUUGUAAUAAAUUUAACUGUUGCCACCCAACCUGUGAAAUAAAAAAAUUUAAGAGAUGUUUAUAGGGAGACUAUCCUGAGUUUUUGUUAGCCGUAACAAGACUUCUGUAUGUUCUGCCAACAAUAUGACACAUCCUGCAUUUUCCUGUUUUUUUAAAACACUAUCUUACCUGAACACAUUUCAAAUGUAAAGCAUUAUGCAGAUAAUACAUUUGGAAUGACCUUUGGGCAAAUUAUUUCAAAUUUCUUUUGACCAUUGAAAGAAAUAAUAAAUUUGUACAUAUAACAUUUUGUCAGACAAAAUCUAUAUUGAAAUACUACAAAACAUUACGGUGUCCAGAAAUGCAUUGGGUUAUAGAGAAAUUCACAUUUUAAGCUAGAAAAAGUAUUUUAAUUGUAAUUUUAAUAAUGUACAAAAUAUUUCAUUUGAAAAAAAAUCUUUAAAUUAUUCUUAGAAACUCGGGAUAGUCCCUUUAAUAGAAAUACUAUAUGGAAGAUUCAGGUACAUGGUAACAUGUAAACCCAAAUGGACAAAACAAAUAUAUAUUUUUAAUCUAUGUCACAAUGUCAUGUGAAAAAAUGUCACAGUUUUAUCAUUUGAUUGGUUGAGAGUCUGAUUUCAGCCAAUCAAUUGCAUUGUUGUAGCUGACCAAUUGUCAGUGAUGUUGUAUUUCAUUUUAAUCGUGUGAUAUUUUGAAAUCUACCAUUCUGUGACUUCUUGUACCUGUGAAACAAUCGUGGAGGGUGUAUGGUAUUAGAAAUACUUACAAACAAAAAAGAUGACAAAUUGUUAGACUUUCAACACCAAUUACCACACAAGUUACAGAUAAUACUGUUUUAUGAAAAUAAAAUAAAAUUCUGGGGUUUCUUUCAAAUCAGUUUACCGUGGGAUAAUGUAAUUUUAUAGUUACUACAAUUUUUUUUAUUUUUUUUGUGUUGAAGCGACCAAGCAGGUUUGUUCAUACGGACUAUGUAUUUUAGUUUUUCAUGUUUUUACGGCCUACUUUUUAUUAUCUCUGAAACUGUCAUAAGUGCUUUAGUUGUUGAAUAUCUUUCUUCUGUUUAUAAAAAGAAAGAAAGCGAAAAGAGCAAUUUCUCUUGGUAUGCUUCUUAUAAUAAUUUGUUGCACAUUGUAAUUUUAUCGAAAGCAAUAUUAAACAGUAAAUUUUAAAGUUCAUCACAGCAACAUUCAAACAGUUUGGCGAUGAUAUAUAGCAAAGUUAAGUUCAUACAGUUUUAGAAAAGUGUAGAACUAACUGUUACACACAGUGCCAUCUACAAACUGUUCUUGUUCUUAUAUUUGAUAACACCCCCCCCCACCCCCA